UCCAGUUUUAUAAAAAUGUACUCGGAAGUCGGAAACCGCGUCUCUCUCUUGCUAACUACCAAGGCAUGCUAUCAUAGAAAAGCGUAAACUAUAUCUUUCCCUUCAUAUAAUUGUGUGUAUAUAUAUGUAUAUAGGUGAAGUGGCCCCGGGUCUCUAUGCAAGCAAGUAAUUCAGUUGAAGCUAGAAGAAAUAGCUUCAAAGUCUGAACAGAAUAAACCAAAAGAGUGGGAAUUUCGACUCAGCAACUCAGAUUUCUCUUCAUUUCAGCUUCAGGGAAUCAGACAUUCCAUAAGGUUCAUUAUUGCCUUGGGCAUAUUGUUAAUGCUACGCUGAUCUCAAGAUACAAUUUUGGAAUCUUCCCAGUUCUUGAACCUGCUGCACACUUGCUGCCAUGUCUCUUUUGUCAAAGUUACGCUGUAUCACUGUGGAUGUAACUGGUACGCUCAUAGCUUACAAAGGUGAGCUUGGUGACUACUAUUGCAUGGCAGCAAAAUCUGUUGGACUGCCAUGCCCUGACUACAAGCGUGUGCAUGAGGGUUUUAAAAUUGCAUAUACAGAUAUGGCCAAAAAGUACCCAUGUUUUGGGCAUGCAGCGAAUAUGCCUAACAUUGUCUGGUGGAAAACGUGCGUGAGAAAUUCCUUUGUUCAGGCUGGAUAUGAUUACGAUGAAGAGACUUUUGAGAAGAUCUUCAGGCGUAUAUAUGCAUCAUUCGGUUCAUCUGCACCUUAUACUAUCUUUGCAGACUCCCAACCAUUCUUAAGAUGGGCAUGUGGAAAGGGUCUUAUAGUUGGCCUUGUUAGCAAUGCAGAAUACCGUUAUCAGGAUGUGAUCCUUCCAGCCUUGGGUUUGAAUAAGGGUUCAGAGUGGGACUUCGGUGUGUUUUCCGGGCUUGAAGGUGUAGAGAAACCAAACCCAGAGAUCUAUAGAAUUGCCCUUAAGAGGGCGGGAGAUAUUGCACCAGAAGAAACUCUGCAUAUUGGGGACAGCAUGCGCAAAGACUAUAUACCGGCGAAGAGUGUAGGGAUGCAUGCAUUACUGUUAGAUAGGUUCAGAACUCCUGAUGCUGAGGAAUGGAGAAAAUCUGGUGCAACUGUGCUUCCUGACUUGGUAUCAGUACAAGAAUUGCUCACCUUAGGGACAUUGGCAUGCUGAUGGGCUUUACUUUGUAAUUUUUAUUUUUGUGCUCUUCAUAAAUGACAAUUUCAUAGAAUACCUAUUGGGCUCCAUGUUCUGGAACUUUGAUAUAUCAUUCUCUCACACCACAGCAAGAGCAAAA